AAAACACCCGAAGCGGAUUGUCAACACCAUGGAAAUUGGUCAAAUGGGUUUAGUCAUUGAAUUGUUUGCAGCCAAUUCUCGAUGGCGGGUUCAACAUCAUCUUGUGGAGAUGCAUCAAUGACAAGACGCGACCCCGCCUUUUGGUGCCUCGAUAGCAUCGACUCGAAACUUCUCGUGUUCAGAUAUUCCCUCCAAAUGGGUUAUAACCGAGGUGAAUCGGCUUCUUCCAUGAUGCCUGGUACUAAUCACCCUUGAUUAGUUCCCAGCUAGGUGUUUUCAUUCUUCUUUCUCAAGUUUGACCUCAUUUCCACUCCUUCGAUCGUAACACUCUCUGAUAUCCGUCAAAAUGGGUUCUGAACGCUAUCCAGUCCAGCAAAAGGGCAUCUAUCACAAUCUUCCUACCUUCGAUCCGUCCCUCAAGGGAUUGACGGCCAUCGUGACAGGAGCCAAUGGCAUAUCAGGUUUCCAUACCAUGCGAGUCCUGCUCGAAAGUCCAGAGCGCUGGACGAAGGUCUACGCUCUAUCACGCAGGCCUCCACCAAAGGAAAUGAUGAGCCUGCUUACCGAAGCUCAGCGAUCCCGUGUACAGCACGUAGCGGUCGAUUUCCUCGACGAGCCCCAGAAAAUCGCAGAUGCAAUGAAGGCCGCCAAUAUUACUGCUGACUAUAUUUUCUUCUAUUCGUACCUUCAGCCAAAACCACCGCCGGGCGCAGCCGCUUGGUCCAAUGCGGACGAGCUGGUCAAAGUCAACAGUGCUCUACUCGACAACUUCUUGCAAGCACUGACUAUUGCGAAAAUCACUCCCAAACGCUUCCUUUUGCAGACUGGAGCAAAGAAUUACGGCGUACACAUUGGCCGCGCCCGAACUCCAGCGAUUGAAUCCGACCCUCAGCCCUCUCAUCUCGAGCCGAACUUCUACUAUCCGCAGGAGAAGUUGCUCUUCAACUAUUGUAAGGCGAGCAACACUUCCUGGAAUGUCAUCCGCCCAGCGUGGAUUAUAGGCGCCGUCAAUAAUGCCCAGAUGAAUGCUCUACACCCUUUCGCGAUCUAUGCAGCAGUCCAAGCCCAGAAAGGAGAGCCACUCUACUUCCCAGGGGAUUGGAAUGCUUGGCAGCAUGAGGCGCAUCACUCGACCGCAAGAUUAACAGGAUACUUGUCUGAAUGGGCGGUGCUGGAGGACAAAUGUAAGAACGAGGCAUUCAAUUCGCAGGAUACCGGCCCAUUGAGUUGGGACCGUUUUUACGAAGAACUCACGCAUUGGUUCGGCGUUGAAAAAGGUGUUCAUCCGCCAGAAGAGGACCCGAGCAAAUUCACCGAGAUCAAAGGCAGAGCUGGGAAAGAUACACCGAUGGGCUACGGCCCUCCGACCAUCGUUCGCAGCUUGUUUUCACUUGUUGACUGGGCUACUAAACCUGAAAACCAAGAAGCUUGGCAGACUCUGAUGAAGAACUCCGGUGGUCAACUCACCGACAAUCCUUUCAAAGACCCCGACGCAAAUUUCGUCUUUGGGGAUGCCGCUUUUAUGGGCAUGGGCAGUUUGUGUAUGAACAAAGCUCGAAGACUGGGUUGGACUGGCUUCGUGGAUACCAUGGAAUCUCUCUUUGAGAUGUACGCUGAUAUGGCCGAGCUCGGUAUGGUGCCACGAAUGAAAGUUGACAAACCAAAGCCGUUGGUGUGAAGCGGCCAACAACAAGCAGAGAGAAAUGUCAGAAACAAGUAUUGAAAAAGGGCUUUCCAAAAUCCAACUUUCGUUCCGAACCACCUCCUUCCAGCAUGGCUGUUUUUCU